AGUUUUUACUCGCCUUCUUAACAGCUCUCUUUUUUUUUAUUGUUUUUUCCUCCUUUCUUCCUCACAGACAACAGUGAUGUCCCAGCAAGAUAAGGUUGCCCCUCAGGAUCAGGACUCCUUCGUGGAUGAUCAGCCCGGCGUUCGCCCGAUCCCGUCCUUCGAUGACAUGCCCCUCCACCAGAACCUGCUGCGCGGUAUUUACUCCUACGGCUUCGAGAAGCCCUCGAGCAUCCAGCAGCGCGCGAUUGCGCCGUUUACUCGUGGUGGCGAUAUCAUCGCUCAGGCGCAGUCUGGUACGGGCAAGACCGGUGCCUUCUCCAUCGGCCUGCUCCAGCGCCUCGACUUUCGCCACAACGUGAUUCAGGGCCUCGUGCUUUCCCCUACUCGCGAGCUGGCCCUGCAGACGGCCGAGGUGAUCAGCCGCAUCGGUGAGUUCCUCUCGAACGAUGCCAAGUUCUGCGAGACCUUCGUCGGUGGCACCCGUGUCCAGGACGAUCUGCGCAAGCUGCAGAACGGUGUGAUCGUCGCCGUGGGAACUCCCGGGCGUGUGUCGGACGUGAUCAAGCGCGGUGCCCUGCGGACGGAGAUGCUGCGUGUGCUGGUGCUGGACGAGGCUGAUGAGAUGCUGUCUCAGGGCUUUGCCGACCAGAUUUAUGAGAUCUUCCGCUACCUGCCGAAGGACAUUCAGGUGGCCCUCUUCUCCGCCACGAUGCCGGAGGAGGUGCUGGAGCUGACGAAGAAGUUCAUGCGCGAUCCGGUCCGCAUUCUCGUGAAGCGCGAGAGCCUGACGCUGGAGGGCAUUAAGCAGUUCUUCAUCGCCGUCGAGGAGGAGCACAAGCUGGACACGCUGAUGGACCUCUACGAGACCGUCUCCAUCGCCCAGUCCGUCAUCUUCGCGAACACCCGCCGCAAGGUGGACUGGCUCGCCAACAAGCUGAACGAGAGCAACCACACCGUCAGCAGCAUGCACGCCGAGAUGUCGAAGCCCGACCGCGAGCGUGUGAUGAACACCUUCCGCAGCGGCAGCUCUCGCGUGCUCGUCACGACGGAUCUCGUGGCGCGCGGUAUCGACGUGCACCACGUCAACAUCGUCAUCAACUUCGACCUCCCGACCAACAAGGAGAACUACCUGCACCGCAUCGGUCGCGGUGGCCGUUACGGCCGCAAGGGUGUCGCCAUCAACUUCGUGACAGAGAAGGACGUGGAGCUGCUGCAUGAGAUCGAGGCGCACUACCACACUCAGAUUGAUGAGCUGCCGGUGGACUUCGCCGCCUACCUCGGCGAGUAA